AUGUCUCCCCGGUUUUUUCUGGGCAUGUCUACUGCUGGAGCGCGCAGCCUGUUCAAGGUCUAUGCGUUUGCAAGCCGACUGGAUCUAAAAGAAGGCAAAAGAAUCAAUGGACGGAAUUAUUCAUUUACAACGGUUUCACAAAUGAAUUUCAUCCACAUGGAUUGCCAUAUAACGGCUAUCAGAAUGGCUGGUUCUCGUGAUGAAUGGGCAAGCGCAUCGCUGCAUAAUGCCAACACAAAAUGUAAUGUCAUUGUACCAUUGUGGUCAACAAAAGUAAAAGAUUCCGAUAUGGAGCGCUCAUUCCAGAGGUAA